CUGUCCGGCUGUGCAAUAAGAUAUGAUGAAAAUAUAAGAAAUAAUGUGAUUUUACUGGGCUGCAAAGUGCAUGAUGAUGCAGUGCUUUCAGACUGCGCAGUGAGGGAAUAGAGAUGGCUGUUUGCUGCAGUGCAAAGUCACUGCAUUGGGCGUCGUCACAGCUGCAGCCUGCAAUGUCCUGCUACAGUAUUUUGGUGCUAGCCGUCGAUACAGUAUGCAAAUAUAAUGGUAGGUGAAAACAUCCUGUAAAGGUUAUUGGUCUUGAUCUGGACGACACAGACACACAAAUGGCGUCUCACCUCUUAAGCGCUGCCUGCCUUCUCUUUGCAAGGAUCACAAUAACACAACAAAGUACUCAUAUGAGCGCAUUGUACACAUUCCUGUUCACUCCACGCGGGCCUCAGAUGUUCCCAUGUCUGACGUACUUGGAGAGGAACGUCAGGGUCGACUGUGAGUUUCCCACAACCAAUGAGAUCCCGGGCCCCUACUGUGAGUAUCGACAGGACAGCAGGCUGGUGGGCAGCACCUACCCCAACGCCGUCACCUAUGUGUCCAUCGAGGACCGCAGGAGGAGCAACGUCAGCCUGGUCGCCCCGAAUCUUUGCCGCCUCACUUGGGCUCCGUUGUCUGAUGAGAAACCUUACACGUACACGUGCAGAGUAUACCAAGGCACCAGUUGGAAGGAGAACAGCAUGGCCGUGCAUCACCGGAUUCUUCCAAUCUGCUCUGCAAUCAGCGUGAUGUUUCAGUCAGCCCUGCUGCUUUUGUCACUGGUGAUGUCACUACCUGUGGCAGUGGGUCUUCUGAGUCUGUGAGCUCCUCUUCACGACACAAACGUGGACCUUUUGAAAUGUGGUUUGUGGCUCGCUUUGGUGGUCAGCAGCCCAGUUGAGAUGAUGGUGAUUUUGAAUAUUUGAAAACACAUCACAGGGGCCUUCUUUAAGCACCUUUUCCUGUUCACCCUCAUCAUGUCAUCAUGUGGGAAGAGAAUUACUGCAGAGAAUUACUGCAUUAUUUUUAAGUGAUAUUAUAAAAUACCAUAUAAUUUUGACUUAUUAGUUUUAAAAGAUAGCAAUCUCAGUGUAUCAUGUUUGUUGCACUUUAUGGACACAUUAUUAGGUACACCUGCACAAUUCAAUGCUAUCAAGCACACAUUCAUGGUACAUGUUAUCAAAUAUUAGAAACAGCUCUCAGUAUGAUGGCACUUCAAUAAUAAACAUUGUCAAAUGAAUACUUCUCAGAUGGUACGCAUUAAUGUUUGUAAAAGUAAUGGCAUUAUAUUGUGCGGGUCUACUUAAGUGUCUCAGCAUCACCCGUUUUAUUAGCUUUCUGUUACUUUUAAAUAUGGACUCAUACAGUCUCAUCUCUUAAAAUAUAUACUGAAUGUUUAAGCUAGUUCAUAUUAGUCAUAUUGUACCACUACCGUUUAUCAACCAAUAGCACGUGAACUGCAAUAAGCCACAAAUAAAGAUGCUCGAUACUGGCAUUCUUCCCGAUAUCUGAUAUACUGAUAUUGUCAAGCGUAUAUACCAAUAUCAACCAAUACCCACAUUGCCCUCAAACUAAUGUUGUGUAAUGGCAACUGUCAUUACAUUCAUGGUGCUGGAUUCAUUUCAUAAACGUGCACAUAAAAGUGCCAUAUUUAUUGUAAACAUUUUGUCUCAACAAAAUAGUCAUGAGUAAUCGUCAACUGAAAUAACACUCAACAGCAACAACACAAUUUAGAAAGCUGCACAUUUCUACAUGGCACAAACAUCUGUAUAAGAACAAUGUAAAGUGCAAAGUAUGAAACUCUGGACUAAUGCAAUAUAAUAUAAUACAAUUCAGUGUCCAGUCCCUGGGUAUUUUUUUUAAAGUUCCGCCGGUGGAUUCUUAUCAUUAUUUUGCUACAUAGCGCUGUGUGUGACUCCUAGUGAUUCUUGAUUAGAAGCAUUAAAGGAAGACACCUAACUCCCCCAUCAUCACAUAACCAGUGCUUUCAAGUUGUUGCAAAUUUACAAUCCGAAAGCAAAACUUGUCAACAAGUCUCACAUGUGCAUCAAUAUCAAUAUACAAUAUAUUGACAUUUGACACACAUGGCAUGCAUUAUGUCUAACAGGUUUUUGUAUGCAGUUAUAAAUAUAAUUUGAUUCUAUGCUGUCAGUAUUAUUUUUCACUUUUGACCACAGCUUCAUCAAAUAAAAAACAUUCAAUCACCAACAGUGUACUCAAUGCUAUGACAAAACUAUAGCAAUAAA